AUUUGUCUCUGGUUCCUACAGAUCCUUAAAUGCAAGAUUUUCAAGAAAUAAUUGUGUUAUUAUAAAUUUCUUAUUUGCCAUAUAAGGAGAAUGACGCUCUCUCCGAAGGACUUAGUUAAACUACUUGAUCUUCUCAAUGAGGAACAUUCGGACACCAUCCUGGAGAAUCUAUGCAAUCAAUUGCACCAGAGUUUCUCCAAGGAAGAUCGUUUCAAAGUGAGCCAUUAGCCUCCACACCCUUUGCCCCUGUGUUUGUUCAAAUGCUAAAGGCACCACAGGAAAACACCAGCAAUGGAAUUCCGAAGCUACCUAAUCACAUAGGUCAUAUACCAUCUCUGUCAACCUGUGAGAAAAAUCUACUAGCAAAUUUAAUAGGAUACAAUCAGAAGGAGAUCAUGAAAAAAACACCACGUCAAAUUAUGGACGAAUUUUAUUUUGCUUCCGUGCCAUCUAUUGAUUUAACCAAUUUGCAGUUGCAAUUAGCAGAGCAUCAUUCUGAACUACCAUCUGUCAGUAAAUGUGGACAUCCUGUUAUUUUGCCAGAUAUGGAUCAAUCUAAAGUAACAGAGCUUGAUAAGAGAAAUAUUGUUUCUUGUAAAAUGGUAUUCCACCUGACUCGCUGCAACUUCUGGUACGGCUGAUGCUUUAUUUUUAUAUUAUAAAUUUUUGACGGCCGGAUUGCAAAAUCUGGCUCUGUAGGGUCCUCAGGGAUAGUUCAGGGAAGAUGCUAUAACAGUUUGGCAAUUAUACGUAUCGUCAGCUAGGCGAUAUUUUGCAUCUCGUAAAUAAUUUUUGGAGUGAUUCGCUGCGAUGCUUAUAGCCGCAGCAAAGUACAAGUUAGAAAAAGAAAAUAUUUUACUGUUAAUUGCACGAAAGACAAGAAAAUUGGGUGAAACUAAUCGGUAAAAAAUUUAACUCCCUUAUAUUUGUACUGAUCUCAAACCACCUU